GUUGCAUUUUUUCGCUGAUGAUUCUUUUCAUAGUUGCACUUUUAUGAAACAUAAAUAAAACUAUAUGACUUUUUUUUACACGUAAAAUUAUCCUCGUUCUCACAAUUUUGAUGCAUCCUGAAAUUCAUUAAACGAAAGAGUAUUUUUGCGAUCUUGCGAACUUUCUGUGGCCGAUUAAGCAUUUGGAUCUCUCUACAGUUAACGAGUGGAAGUUCUGUAAAUUAAAUAUUCUUUUUUUUUACACAAUUUUUUUAUCACAUAUUUAUUUGAUUACAUGAUCAUGUUAGAAUAAGAAAGCGAGCGCAGAACAGAUAGUACCAUGCCGCAUAGUAUUUUCCCUCUUUCACUCGCUUUCUUACUCUAAUGCGGUCACGUGGUCGGGCAAAUGGUGAUGUAGUGGGGAAGUGGCACAAAGGGAGAAAUGGUAAAUUCGUUGCAAAUAUACAAGUAAAAUACGCGGAGCUUGAUUGUACAAAGUGAUACGGCGACGUGCACACAGUCGGCAAUUGGUGACAGAACUAUGAUACAAGCUGCGAAGAGCCGCGUAUUUCAUGCACCACUCGUGACGACCACACUGACGCUGACACUGCUGUUGUUCGUCGAUCAAAAACGCGGCCGGAGAUGUGUUUCGUACCCUCGUCUGUACAGCCCUUGUUCGUACGGCUCCUCGCGCUCUCGAUCAAUACAUCGCUGUGCUUGCCAUUCAUGCGUGUCUUCUAGGCUGUGCGAUGGAGGGCAUGUCUGCUCUCCUCCAAAAGAGUGUUGUGCUUUGGGCUGUUGUUACAGUGUCUUUACACCAGUGCAUCCCCAUGUUUCAGAGAUGUUUAAUUUCUUGAUUUGGACUUACUGGUAUCUGUGGGUAGCAGUGCUUGCAGCAUUGGCUAUAGCUGCAACAUGCGGAUUUUGGCUAUGGAAACGUCGUCGUAGUUUAGCGCUAUCGGAAGAUUGCACAUCUUCGGAAAGAACUUCCACAGGGCCAUGGUAUCCACCUCCUCAUUAUAGCCGAUGUAGUUCCUUCGUUCAGGCGUUACCACCACCAUAUAAUGAGGUGACUGCAAAACCAGAUCUUUACCCAUUGGUAAUUGGUUACGACAAUAGUUUGGGCAAAGGAACUUCCGGUUUUGUGAUGCGCUACUUUAGAUCAUUGUCUCAUGCCAGCACACUGGAUUCAUUGAGCUCUAGUUUUAUGUGCAACGUGGUAAACGAAGCGAACACUAUUAUUCCACCACCAUACUCAUGCAAUAAUAGUGUUGAUGAAUUAUCAGCAGUGGAUUGCGAGAGAAGAGAAAUUGGCGAUACCGGUUCGGUUGUCUCUUUGACAAAUCACAGAACAACUUCUGACAUAUCAAGUCUAGCUGCUCAAUCACCUUGCUCUCCGCCGAGAGCUACCAGUCCAACGAUAGAGUUGCGGGAAUUGUUGGACAAAAUACAGCAACUCCCUCAUUUAUCUGACGGACUUGCCACCACUAUGCAUUGUCAGCAGAACCAGGCACCGGUCUUGUACGUAACUAAUAGUGAUGGUACUACGCAACAACGGCCUUUAACUCCCAGCGACAUUGGCUCGUACAGAAUCAAAAGAACUAGAGGCAAACUGUAUAUGCCAUUAGGAUUGCCGAGUUCGCGAAGCAAAACAAAACGGUGGCUGUCGCGCUCCGCGCCGACUACGCCUUCAAGUGCGAUACCAAUGUCCUUCUUGCCAGGACAGAGCAAGAGAUCCUCGGAAGUUGGCAAUAAUAAUCAACAGCAGGUGCCGCUGCUUGCCGAGCAAGAUGAGAAUGAAACCAAUAAUGUUGAUCAAUCGUCAUCCGUUUCUUUAUUCGCCGAACAAGAAGAGGAUCGACAGUCGACAUGACAUAUGAUCUAAAUUGUUGCUCGACUCAAGUACGCGAUGAUUCCUCCUCUUUUCCCCUCUCUACACGCGCGCGCGCGCGCCUAUACAUACGCAUAUUUUAAUAUAACUCUGAUAUAUUUGGCGUUAUGUAUGCCUUAUCGCAUAAAGUUAUACAUAUUCAAAAUGUAUUCAGGAUGCAUACACGAGAUCAAUAAUGCCUUAACACACAAAGCCGAACGAAAUUUUGACAAUUCGGAGCAGGCGCGUGUCUAGAUCUUUGUGCAUUAUGAUUCGAAACUGUGUUUUAUAGUUUAGCGUCCGUAAAGUCUAUGUCAGACUCAACGAUGCCAGGAUUGAGACGCGUCCGUAGUGAAGGGGAUGAUGUGCACACCAAGACCCGCUUGCGUGUGCUUCGCGGAGCGCACAGUACACAAGUACAGCGCGCAAAUUUUACGCGUCCCGUCGGCGAAAUGUCGAUGUGCAUUCGAUACAUCGAAAUUUAUUGACGAGUGAAAUACAUUACAAAAAUUUGGGCUAUAUAGAAAACGUACUUUUUAUUAUUAUACUUAUAAAUUUUCUCGAGAUGGGAUAAUACGUCCAUCCAAGUAAAUCCAUUACGAGAGAAGCAGUUAGGACAAUAUUGCACAAUUGUAUAGAAACAUAAAUGAUACGAUGACAUGUAAGGCACACUAGUCAAAAUAUUGAGAUUGAUCAGGAAGUGCCUCCGGAUUGCCACAAUAAAAGGCGUUAUCAUAUCCAUCAUACUUAUCUGACAUUGCGCCACGAUUAUUAUGCAUUUUACUCGCUGCAAAACUCUCUCUCAAUGGAGAAAAUUUUAAUUCUUUGAAGGUUCGCGGAAGAUACUUCGAUGACUUCUUCGCUCAGAAAAAUUCUGGUAGAAUGGAAUCCUCUUCAAAAAUGAGAAGAGACGAUUCAAAAGGUCCGAAAAAUGGCGCAUACAUUGACUAAUAAAUAUUUUAAUUAAACAAAGUUUGCCUUUUACUUUUAUCGAAAAGUUCGAAGAAACUUCUUGAUCAGCCCAAUAUAGUGCAGAUUUAGUUAAGGAAUAGCAAGCAUAAGUUUAUAUAAAAAUGUAUAAAAACAUGUAUAAAAAGAUUUACGUUUAAUUUUGGAAAUGCAAUGAGAAUAUAACGGGAUAAUAUAUAAUUCGUAUUAUUGUGCAACAAUAAGGAAGAUAAAAUUUAGUAAGGCUCUAUUGAUUUGCUCAAUCAAAUAACUAUAAAGGGGCAAUAAAGUCGCAAUAGAGCCGGUUAUAUGUGCUGAUUUUGUAUAUUCAAAUAUUUUGCGACAAUUUAAAUACAGACAUUUCUGUCUGUAUUAGUUCAUCUCGUCGAACAUGCGAGUUAAAAAAACGCAAAAAAAAUACUAUUAAUAUUAGUUGUUCUACAAUUAAAAUAUCGUUUUUUUUUUAAUCCAUUGAAAUUGAUUCUAUUUGGAAUCGAUGUGAGACACCAAGGAAUCACGUGAAAUUUAUAAUUGUAUUACAAUAUUUCACAUAGAUUUGCUAUUUACAUGCAAGGCGAGAUAUUUCGAACUUUGUAUCCGUUUUUCUAAUUUUUAUAUGUUUCCAUAUUUUCUCAUCUGUCCAACUUUCACUGUGUCCAUUUUUUUCACACUGUGCUGUGGUCAAUUCUGUAUGCAUCUGAGGUUCCUAUGUUUUGAUAUAACAGCGAUCCGAAACACACACACUUCAAAACCAGUCAAGGAAUAGUUGUUUUUUAAAAAUAUAAAAGUUUUGAACUAGCUAUUUUUCAAUCAGCGGCUCUAAAUCUAAUUGAACACUUAUGAGAGAAAUUAAACGUCGAGUCAAAAGAUAAAAACACUGAAAUAAGACAAAAUUAUUUAUAGCUUUAAUUGAGGAAUAAAGUCUUUUUCGAUUACAUUAAAUAUUUGAUCAAUUCCAUGCUUUGCCGUUGUUUCGCUAUUAUAAUUGCAAAAGAAACAUGGUUAAUAAAUAUUAACAAUAAUAUACAAUAUA